CUACCACUGGAGAUCAUCCAGUACGUGGAGAAUUCCAGGAACCCGGACAUUUACACACGAGAGUUCGUCGAGCUGGUCAUGCGUUACAACCAGCAGCAGAAGGGCCGGAGCGAUGCCUAUGCUCAAUUCCGUGAUAUUCUGGGCAGGGAGAUGGCCAGCGCUAUACCUGACCUUCGCGAAGAUGUGAGGAAGGUUGUGGAGUCUUCCGGCGGGCAGAUCAGUGGUUGA